UGUUGAUCUCCAGCAUGGCAAACACUCUGGUCUUAUAGGUUGGUCUUUUGUCACUGUCUUCCUUUGGAUGUGAAUGUACAAAACAUCUUGUUCAGGUUGACAUAACAAUCAACAUGGAUUCUCCAAGAACAAUCAGCAUAGGAAAUUAUAAUUACGACGGUGUUUAUAAGGAUGGUUUCUUCAUAAAAUCUCCGCCACUCCAUCUUUUCAGCAAUCAGACUUCAUGGAAAAAGAGAUACUUCAUCCUUUCCAAGUCUAGGGAAACUGGUUAUGACCUGAAGUAUCUUAAAGGCCAGCAAAUUAAGGGCCACAUUGAAAUUAAUGAGAAUUCAGAAAUAGAAAUUGGCAUAGGAGACACUGAGAAAAUGAUGGUUGUAAAGAAGAUGUUUAAAUGCCAGCCUACUGAAGUGAUGACCAUCAGAACAGAGAACAGAAAUUUCUACCUGAUUGGAACAGAUAGUAGGGCUGUGGAGGAAUGGGCCACCUUCUUGUUUGCAACCUGUGCAGAAAAAAAGAAACUGGAACCUAGAAUUCGGUCAAAAUCUUCACCGGCUUCUCUUCAUGAACAAAGUGCUGCUACUAUCAUCCAAGAGGAUGAGUGGCCUGGCAAUGAAUAUGAAGAGCUGGGCACUUCUGCUUACAAGAAAAGGCCAGCAUCAGAUCCCAGUCCUCCACGAACCUCUGAAGAAAGCCCUAUUUAUGAGGCACCAAGAAAACUUUUACUACGUCUACGCCGCCUAACAAAUGCUCCUGUUGAAGAAGUGUCUGAAGAAGCGUCCAUAAAUGAAGAAUAUUAUGCUUCUCCAAGAAGUUUUCUAUCCCAGGGUGAAGUUCCUAAUGAAUUUGACGUGGCAGGUGAAUCUACCAGCUCAGAUGAUGAAAAGCUCAGCAACAAUGAAGUAUACAUGCCCAUGAAAAACUUGGGAAAUGGCAUGAUUCCACAAGUGGCAGAGGAUGACUCAUUGAAGCCAACACCAUUACCAAGGACCUUCAAACCGGAAAAAACACGCAAACUAUCAUUUCUAUCAGUGGUUCAAUUGUCCAUAGUUCUCAGUGAAAUCAAAAAUGACACCCAACUGGAAGAGUUGGAUAUUCUCCUUCCCCAUGAUGAUCUCACCAAUUGCCUGAAAUUUACAAAAGCUUCUGGGCAUAUAUGUGUCUCCCAGUGGAAAGACCCACAUCGUUUGGGAUGUAUAUUUCACCAAGGUGAUUCUAUAGUGGCUGUGAAUGACCUGCACAUCAAGAGCAUGGAUGAAAUUUCUUUGUUCAUAAGUAGAUCUACAAGAAAAAAGGUGAAACUCACAGUACGUCGGCUCCCAGAUUCAGACAUUUUGCACGCUCAAGGAUGUAUGUGUUCCUAA